AUGCCAAACUUACAGCUUGCAGCACACAUUGGAGAAACUGGCCACGGCUUUGACAUUCAAGGAUCAACCAUCAUAGGCCGAGGAAACUCAAAAGCUGAAAGGCUGACGCUUGAGGCAUGGUACUCGGAUGCCAACUCUGUCAACAGGAAUCUUGACCUCCCCGCGGCCUACAAAGUUUUACGCCAGUAUGUAAGCAAAGGGCGGAAUAAGGCCAAGCCUAACGUCAGAAUUGCAAACGAAGAGGAACCAACUACGAACCGACCAGAAGAGGAGGCAGGAUCACCGGGGCCCUCUACCCUGGGGACAAGGCAUUACACUAAUUACUGUUCAUGA